AUGGUGUGCUCCCACGUCGUGCACGCGACAGCCGCCAUGUUUGGCGCCUGUUCCGGGAACACGGCCAUGAACAAAGUCCAGCACGUGAAGCUGAAGAGAGAGAUCGAAACCAUGUGCAACCUCAUGCAGCCGGGAGGGGUCAUCUCCUUCGUCUGGGACGGCCACGCCGCGGGGAACGGCAGCCAGAAGCUGACGAGAUACACAUGCACCGUCGGCUGGAGCAGGCGGGUCAGUCUCCUCGACCGCUCGCCCAGCUCCUACUUCGGCCCCAAGAAAGUGGAAUACAUCAGUCUCGUGGAAUCGCACACGUACGCCCCGGUGAAGCACUUCUGGGAGCCCUUCCAGCGCGAGCCGCGCUUCGCCAUCCAGGUCCUGGUGCUGCAGAACCUGGUCAAGAUUUGCUGCGACACCAUGGCGCGCCGCUACGGCCCCAACUGGAGGGAGAAGACGCUGCUCAAGGCGCAGGGCGCCGACAUCGCCCUCGACGAGAAGCGUGCCUACGGCGUCCUGCACACCAUGGGCGGUCCCGCCGGCGGCGGCGAGUGGAUCCACGUCCCUGCCGGCUGCGAGGCGCCCGAGCCGCACAUGCGCUUCCCUCCCUACUCCGGCCCUGCCGCCGUCGAGGCGCCCGUCGAUCGCUGCCAGUACGAGAUUGAUGAACCCGAGACGGGCUACGGGCGCACCGACGAGAUGGACGAUAUGGAGCAUUUCAUGAUGCUGAAGCGACGCGUGACGAACAACGGCAGGCUGCUGCCCGACGCCGACGGGUGCUAUAGACGAAGUAGCUCGAGCCGGGGUGCUUACCGAACCUCCUCAGUUCUCUCGGAUCCUCGCCGCUCCCAUUCACAACACAGUCGUGCCAACCGGACUGCACGCACUGAGUCUUCGUAUUCGAGUUCCCUGGCCAACGGUGAAGGGCCGCGCCCCAAGAAAACGAGACAUGAUCGUGGCCCGAAACAUAGCGCCGCGGAGAAACAGAAGUCCAGGAGAGACGACAACUAUAGCAUAAAGGAGGACAGUCCCAAGAACGCCGCCAUUGAGCGGGAGUAG